CAAGUUGCUCAGAGCAAGGCACGUAGUGAAUCGGCCCGGCAGUCCACCAAGGAGAAACUGAACCAACGGUUGGCCCAAAUGGAUCAGCAACUGAACGCUAUCGAGGAGUCAGCCGCUAAUAUAGAGCAGGAUUUCAGGAACACAAGCCUGAUGUUGCACACAGUGGAGAACUUAACUGAUGCCAUGGCCCCUGGUGACACCAGACCAAAGGCAGAUUACUCGCUGAGAGACUACCGGUUACCAGACCACACUGAUGCAGACAGCCCUGGCACACUUGAUGCUCAAGUGCACGAUGACAGUAUGAGAAGUCAGGAUUCCAGACAAGCAGAGGAACAACAGGAGGACGAUAAAGAUGUGGCUGGAAUGGUUACCACGGUUACAGAUGAUGAGGGAAAUCAAACGGGAAUUGAAAGGGCUGAGGAUACCGCCUUGACGCUAGGUAUCUCAGGCAUCAGCGGGGUCAGUGACAUCAUCGCUGAGGUCAUAGCAGACGGUGAUGCUAGCGACGUCUUGAAGAUGGGCAUCUCGACUCAGCAACAGAAAGCAGCCAGAAAGAAGAUGGAACAGAGGAGAAUGACAGAACAGCCUGGAGUGGAAGACUACACGAGACUCAGCAGUGACCAGAUCAGGGAACUCCUCACCACACCACGGACUCCGAGACAAGAUGAAGACGAGGAUGAUAGAUGGCCGUCUCGGAGGAAACCAGCGGAGAGGAGUGACAAAGAGAGGAAGGAGCUGAAGGACUGGGCUGUGACCAAAAGGGCCAAGAGUCUGGCCGAGUAUAAGAAACAACGAGAGGAACUGAUUGAGAGGGAACUUAGACCGUUUCACCCUAAGGCUGGGGAAUCAAUGGGCCCUUCGUCUUUGAAGGAGAUCAAAAAGCAAGAAGGGGAAAGAGGCAGAAAGAAGAAGGAUAUGAUAGAAUCUAGUCAUGAUGAGAGAGUCCAGCAGGCCAAGGCGCUCAUGGCAGAGAUGUUUACCGAAAAACCUCAGCUUCCAACGGAAGAAGCCCCUGCAUCCACUACAAAGAGGAAAGACAGGACUCUCCGAGACUCAGGAGCCUCAGAGAUGAGCUCAAGACUUGAUAAACGACCGACCAGCCAGAUACCAAAGGGGACGUACUUGUUUGUCGACAGCGAGGCGUAUAAGCCCAGGCCUCAAGCUCGGAGCCAGGGAGGGGUUGACGGAAGGGCGGACUCCAGGGCUUCCAGAGGCGAGGAUUUUGGUUACAGCCUAGAGAGGGAAGAUGAAGAGUUAGUGGGAGGAAGGUGGACCGGGAGAUUGCGAUCAGAGGAGCGCGGAGCAAGAGGUCCGACUUCUAGUAGGGACUUGAACAGGCGUAAUCAAGAGACGAGAGAAUCCAAUGAUUGGAGGAUCUUGGAAGGAAUCACAGAAUUCACAGACGAUGACCAAAUCUCGGCGGAAUCCAGAGCCAAGACGGAACCGGCCAAGCUCUACCGACCCAAACCGUUUGAUCAGGUGGUCAGGGUUCAGAGGCCGGAGGUCACCAGGAAGCAGCCGGUGUCGGUGAGGACGCAGAAGACGUACACGGAGAUGCUGCAGGAGAUGAAGGGGGAGACUGGGGGGAAGAAGACGUCGUCGCAGACGCUCAGGGCCAAACAACGAUUGUAUGGCACCAAAAGAAUCCCAGGUUCAUCUAAAGCCGCCGACAGCACCACACCAAGGUUCACCAAAACCUACAGUGAAAGGCUAUCAGAUAUGCAACAGAAGUCAGGGGGCAUGACCCGUCUCAGACCGAGAACGCGACCCAAAGGAGUGCCAAGGAUUAACACAGGCACAUUGACGUUGGGGACAUUUGAUGACACUCCUUAUCGUCGCCAGCAAGUUGAAGGGCGGGGUCUCCAUCCAGAACCGACUCCGCGAUCCUCGACGCCGUACCAUGAACGGCUCGGCACACUGUCGUUAUCUGGCACGUACAGGGGCCGAGAUGACGUAGUAAGCCCCGCCCCUAAAGUAGGCGUGAAAUACAAACCCCGGGACAGAGAACCUAUGACGUACGUUGAGCAAUUGCAACGGCUGAGCUCAGAAGCGCCCCGGACCCAUCGGCAUAAAACUGCGUACGUUGGACCCGUCCAGAGAGAAACCUACAAGUCGCCACGGCUUCACAGCCCGAUGGCCAGGCAUCGGCCGUAUCCCAGGCAGGGUCAAAGGUCACCGGGGGUCGAGGAGUUUGACGAGAGGUCAGGCUUCAGUGACCUGAGCUCCUGGAACGUAUCUGAUGAGGUCAUGGAUAUUCUGCAUCGACGGGAUAGUUUUGAGGGAGAUGUGGGCGCAGUAACUGAUGAUGAUGUUAGCAUCGAGGGGCUAGAGUAUGACGAUUACACAACCUCAGUCAACAUCAGGGAACUAGAAGAAAUAGCAUCAGUGAGCAGCGGGAGUGUCUUGAGCAAUAUAGACUGGGGAGCUGUGGAUAAGAUGAUUGCUGACGUACGGUGAGGAGUCAGGGUAAUAUACCAAAAUAGACUGGGGCGCUGAGGAUGAGAUGAUUGCUGAUGCAGGCAAUAGGAGUCAGGGUUUGAGGCCAAAUGGACUGGGGUGCUGUGGAUAAGAUGAUUGCUGAUGUAGGCUUAGGAGUCAGGGUUUGAGGCCUAAUAGACUGGGGCACAUUGGAUAAGAUGCUUGCUGAUGUAGGCUUAGGAGUCAGGGUUUGAUACCAAAUAGACUGGGGAGCCGUCUAUAAGAUGAUUGCUAAUGUACGCCGAGGAGUCAGGGUACCAAAUAGAUCGGCGGCUGUGGAUAUGAUGAUUGCUGAUGUAUCAAGAGUCAUUAAGGUGUGCGACAAAAUAGACUGGGGUACUGUGGAGAAGAUGAUUACCAAUGAAUGCUGAGAAGUCUGGGUACGAGACCGAUGAGAUUGCAUUACCAUGAGCUGUCAUCUUGAGCAAUCCAUAACAAGUCCGUUCACAAGAAAAUCAAAAGUCCAGCCACAAGUAACAGUGGAGAACCUUGAAGGAAGAAUGCUUUUGUCAAAGUUCAUGUAUGGAUAGCUUGUGUUGGACUGGAAGACUUGUGAUGGCCUCGACGACAACUCUGUCUAUUUCAAUACCAGCUGUCCCAGAAUAAGCCAGUUCGGUAUUUGAACUGCGCAUGCGCACAAUGAUAUAGGUCACGGGUCAUUCCGGAUAAUCGAAGGCUCAUCGAAGGGGCAUGAACAGGCACGGACAGGGCGCACGACGCUCGCGUACGACGCUCGCGUGUUAAUUACAAGCAGAAUGGGCGUCCACGUAACAUCGAGUUUCAUCAUGUCAGCGAUUUUAUCCCGAACGACCUUUGACAUGGACUACUUCAUCCAGAUAACGAACUGGCUUAUUGUCAGCUGUAGAUGAUACACUGGCCAGUAUUUUGAGGACGUUUAUUCAUGUGAUUUCAAAGUGUCCUUAUGAAGACAAAUUGUAACCAGAACUGAAAUUUCAAUGAAAAGUUUCUUUAGAACAAAUUAUAUCCUGGGUUUUUCUUCAUAGUCAAUCCAAGAGAUUUUAGGCAUCCUGCAAUUAUUGGAUUUCUGGUGCUGUAGUUUUUUUUUGUUUCCCUCAUUUUUACAUUUAGCAUGCCCCCCCCCCCCUCACUGCAUAGUGCAUACUGUUAAAAGAGGCAUACUUUUUACUUAUCAUACAAAUUAUCAUUACAGGUGCUAAUUAAUUGAUCAAAUUAAUAUUUUGCAUUUUUGGGGGCAUUUUUGUAAUUGCUUUCAUAUCACAUUCAAGUUUAUUCAUAAACAGGAUGAACUGUCUAUAAACAGUCUAUUUUGUAGAGUAGUAGAAUGUUGAACGUUAAGUCUAUUUUCCCAGUCUUGCUUAACCAGUUCACGUCGGAUGACGUGUAUACAAGCAAAUUUUUGCGUUAUUCGGAACGAAUGACGGAUAAAGACGCAACGAGCGAGGCUGGAAAUACCUGUCUGCGGCCUGCUCACAGUGAGCAAUGCCGGAAAUAUCAGGGUGUGCUACCCGCAGAUGACGGCCUGAACCCGUCUGGCAUCGGGGUUCAUGAAAAAAAAUCCUGUGCCUGGGUCCAGUCGAUGUCAAAAUAAUCCCGGCACGAACUGGUUAAGCCAUUUGUACGUUUUUACUGUUUUUCCUGCUUGAAGUGUUUUCACAGAGACGUAGAACUGAUAUAUCAGUUGUCACAUUUUGUCUGCAACUAGACUUAAUAUACUUGAGAUCUACAACGCUUACAGAACAAAUGUUUUAAUUUCUGAAUGGUAAUACAUGUAUUUAUUUUAAAUCAAGAUGCUAUUUCAGAAGCUCAAUUCUGUUGUGAAAAGAUAUAUUCACGCUUUAACUGAAUUCCACGUAUGAGCAGGGUGCUGAAUUAAGAUAGGCAGUUAUUAUUUUUUGUUAGCUUCUUUUGCUUUCAGGGUGCAUAUCCAGCUGAAAAUACAAGGUGCUCUUUUGUAAAUCAUUCAGUUUGAAGGUAUUCUGUUGGUAGUUUUCUGUUUUCUUUUUUUUGCAAAUAACGGUCUUGUUUCUGCACUGCUUAGAUGUAUUCGUAUCAAAUUAGGUUUUGCCCUUCACCGACGUUUAAACACUGUAUACUCAUUGUGUUACCUCCCGAGUGAAAGUUGGAAAAAAUCACUCAGGUGUAUUCGUAAUCAUAUCCUUGUAUUUUUUAAAUUUGAAGAUUUUUGCACUAAAAACAUUCAUGCUGGAAAUGAAGGGAAAACGUCUGUUGAACAUUUUAGUUGUUCUGAAUAUCACAACAGAGUUCUAUAGACAUAGGUACCUCGAUAUGAUUUUGAAUGUUACAAAUAUUCAAAUUUCUAGAUUACAAACUUGUAAAAUUUUUGUAUACUAUUUUAUUUGUAGCUCAAAUGCCAAAUUUAUUUAUUUCCAUAUUUGUGUAUUUAUAAAGGAUCUGUAGCACAAUAUUGUAUUGUCAGAAUGGGCCUUCAAAAUGCGAACAAAUGUGAUGUGAUCAGGCUAAAUGAGUCGUUUGUCGGGAAUUUUCAUUUGGAGAUUCAGGCCAAAAUAGGACCACUUCAUCACAUCACUUCAUCACAUUUCUUGGUGUUCCAACUUCCAUAAUUUUUGAACUAA